AUGGGAGUCCGAGAAAACCCCCCUCCCCAACAACCAACCCGCCAUCACUGACCUUCCCUCCUUUCCCAGAAAUAAUGGGACCAGCAACAACCGUACUGCCGGGCGGGAAAUCUUCUCUGCAUCCAACAAAUAAAAUAAUCCGCGGAGAGAACAACAAUAAAUUGAUUAAAUUCUUUCCAAAAGCACGCCUACCUCAUUUUCCCGAGAAGGAGAACAAGAAGAGAUUAUUGCGGCGAGGAGGACGGGGUCGAGGAAGAGAAGGGGAGCCUCUUCAACCCUUCUAAAUCUUAAAACCUCUGUCCCCAGGUCUCAAUUGUCCAUUUCUCCUCCAUGGCGACUAAUCCGUCGUCUACCCAUCUCGUCUUCGCCAACUUACCGCUUUCCGAUCCCUCCUCGCGUGCCUCUCCCUCUGGUUUCUUUUCUCCUAUCCACACCACCAUCCAGAGGCCUCGUCUCGUAUUCAGGACUAAUCGCUAUCCUAAAUUCACAGUAGCCUUCACCGGAAGCGGGGGUGGUAUUGGUGGUCAUGUUGGUGGUGGCGGCGGUCACGGGCAUGGUGGUGGCGGUGGUCAUGGGCAUGGUGGUGGCGGAGAUGAUGCAAAUGAGAAGAACAAAGGGGAAGCAUUGCUAGCUUUGGGCACAUUGGGGAGGUCACUCGAGAGCCUUCCCUCCGAUUUGGCGGCGGCCAUCAACAAUGGUAGGAUCCCCGCCGAGAUCGUAUAUCGAUUCGCUGAGCUGGAAAAGUCAACUAUUUUCCGGUGGCUUCUCCAGUUUGGCGGGUUCAAGGAACGCCUCCUUGCUGAUGACCUCUUCCUCGCGAAGGUCGCCAUGGAGUGUGGCGUUGGCAUCUUCACUAAGACUGCAGCAGAGUACCAACGUCGGAGGGAAAAUUUUGUCAAGGAGCUAGACUUUGUCAUAGCAGAUGUGGUGAUGGCCAUUAUUGCAGAUUUUAUGCUUGUCUGGUUGCCAGCACCAACUGUUUCUCUUAGACCACCUCUGGCAAUCAGUGCUGGACCCAUUGCCAAAUUUUUUCAUAGCUGUCCUGAUAAUGCUUUUCAGGUUGCUUUAGCUGGAACUUCAUACUCGUUCCUUCAGAGAUUGUGCUCAAUAUUGCGUAAUGGUGCAAAACUUUUUGCUGUUGGGACAAGUGCAUCUUUGGUUGGGACUGCUGCAACAAAUGCUUUGAUUAAUGCUAGAAAGUCAAUUGACAAAUCUCUUGUGGGUGAAGUAGAGGAUGUUCCUAUAAUAUCAACCAGUGUUGCCUAUGGUAUUUACAUGGCGGUUUCUGCCAAUCUGAGAUACCAGAUACUAGCCGGUGUAAUCGAGCAGCGGAUUUUGGAACCCUUACUUCAUGAACACAAGAUCAUCCUCAGUGCAUUAUGCUUUGCUGUCCGAACUGGGAACACAUUCCUGGGAUCUUUGUUGUGGGUAGAUUAUGCUCGUUGGAUUGGUAUUCAGAAAGUCAAAGAGUAAUCACAAGCUCCAUGUUGAAGGUGAGUGAUAUUGGAAACUUUUUUUGGUAUCGGCAGACCUCAAAUUUUGAGGCUUGCUGUGGCUCAAGCUCGUAGGUUAUUCCCAAAUUUAUACGCCAUAGAGAGAAGAUGCAGAAAUUUCUGGCGAUUUGUUCUCAUCGCCAAUUUUGCUUAUUUAAAAGCUAUUUCAUUAAUGGAUUUUCCGAUAUAGUUCCGGUUAUGUGUAAACCUAAUAUUAUAUUUGUUGUUAAACAUUUUUCAUUAAGGUGAGGGUAACUGCUCUUGCACGUGAUUUA